AAUCAUAGUUCAGAUUGUACAAAUGUAUGCAUCCCUAAAUUAAACAUAUAGGAGGUUUGGUGUAAGCCCAUUUGAAUAAUUGAUUAAAAUCCUAUAUGGACAUAAAUAAAUGAAUGAUUUUUAUCAUAUACUUGCCCCAUAAAAUGGAAAUCCAUUUACAAUAAGCUAAAAACCCUUUCUGACCCUUGUGAGAAUAGGCAUUCAAUUUGAUGAAAAUGAAACCCAACAAUGAUCCCUAUACUUGGUCUUGGAAGGUCAAUGGAAGAACUCAAACCCAUGUUGUAUUCUCAAGGAAGUGUAAGCACCAUGAUCAUCUCACUUGGCUACAAUGGCCAUCUCUCUCUAGUAGUUUCUUAGUGGGUAAGCAUAUAACCUAAUUUACCAAAAAGGUUGUAGUAAAAUAAGGUGGGUAUUAAUCUGAUUUUUUUGAAAGGUCAAAUCCUCUCAUUUCAAGAAAGUGGAAGGGCAUUUAAGUCAUUUCCACCCUUUGUUGUUUUCUUAGCUUCAACAGCAAAAAGCAGACCAGAAUUCAAACUCUUGGAUCUACAUUGAGCAGCUUAAGAUCCUAGCAUACAUUCAGCUGCUUUUGCUUUUUGUAAAGAACUUAUUGGCCCCCCACUAACAUUCAAAAGCUGCUUUUUCCUCUUUACUUUCCAUUAAUCCACUUCCAAGCUUAUUUAACAAACAACAAUCUUCUUCACUUCCCUUCUCAUUCUUUCUUCAUAGACAGUAUUUUGUUGAUAUCAUUCUUUCCAAGAUUCAAAAAUGGAUCCCCUCCCACUCCCACUCCCACCACCCCCACCCUACACCCCUACUUCCCUCAAAGAAACCAAGCCAUCUCCUCUUUAUCAGAUAAUCUUGUCUAAGCAAGCUAGGAAUCAGCAGAAUUCGACCCCGGAUACGGUUAUACGUAGCAGCAAGCUGAGGUCAAGAGAGCAGCCGAUUCUACGGCACCCUCGAAAGACUAAUCCAAUAGUAUGGUUUGGUGCAAUCUUGUGCUUGAUAUUUAGUCUCCUCCUAAUCUUCUUUGGUAUUGCAACUCUAGUGAUCUUUCUGUCUGUUAAACCGAGACUUCCGGUUUUCGACACCCCAGCAGCAAGCCUCAGUGUUAUCUAUUUCGACUCUCCAGAGUUCCUCAAUGGUGACAUAACAUUUGUUGCAAAUUUUUCUAACCCAAAUAGGAAAUUGAGUGUUAGAUACGAGUACCUGUAUAUUGAGCUCUACUUUUCGGAAAGUCCUAUAGCAACUCAAGUUCUUCAACCCUUCAGUCAGAGACCGGGAGAAGUUCGGUUGAUAACUGUUCAUUUGCUGUCAAGCUUGGUCUAUCUGCCGCCCCAUCUUGCUCUUGAACUGCAAAAGCAGGAGCAGAGGAACAGAGUUAUCUAUAACAUAAAAGGAAGUUUCAAAGUGAAAGUUAAGCUGGGCUUGCUUCAAUAUUCUUACUGGUUACAUGGAAACUGCCAGAUAGAGAUGACAAGUCCACCUACUGGUGUUCUGAUAACGCACAGUUGCAGAACCAAGAGAUAAGAGUGGCAGAAACUUUUUGUCAAUUCUUUGCCCUUGUUUGUUUUUAUCAUAAUGAAUUAUCUAGUACAAAAGAGAAAGUUAGUGACACACAAUUCUUUUCAAGAUGCACAGGUAGCUUAAAGGAUGUGAUUUUGUUUUUAGUAAUGGGCUUACAGCUCUGGACAGACACAGGAAAAAGCUUUUUUCUUA